GUUGCAUCAUCAUUAACCGCGUGGCGUUGUCAAUAACUCACAACGAGGAAAGUUAAAUAUUGAGAAGCGGGUAAGGUGAGCUGAAACUUAGUAACUAUGAGGUCAAUCACAGCUUCAUUCCGACAGUAGCUACAUAUCCACUGGCAAGCCAGGUGAGAGGCGCCUUCCAGGAAACAGCCAGAUUCUCUAGCACAGCUGAAUGGCUUAUAAUUACAAAACUCUUGCCUGUAGUUUCCACUAAGGCUUUUCUUUGCUUGCGCAUUGGAACAUAUCAAGUUUGCAUAUGAUGAGCUGCGUCGGUUCAUAAGAAUUAUAAAUGUCCACUAAGACGGAUAGAGACUCGCAGGUAGAAGUGACCCACCUAGAUUCCCUCAAAGCAGAAUGGGCUGAAGACAUGGACGAGGAGAGCGUUGACGGAAGGGAGGUGAUGAGGACAGAUGAAGCUCCAGCGCCCCGCAGACUCAGCCGCAACCCGAAGUGCGCUCGCUGCAGGAAUCACGGCGUCGUGUCGCGCCUCAAGGGCCACAAGCGCCUGUGUCGCUGGCGUGACUGUCAGUGCGCGAACUGUCUGCUGGUCGUAGAGAGACAGCGAGUGAUGGCAGCGCAAGUCGCCCUCCGGAGACAGCAGGCCACAGAGGGUAAAAAAGGUCAAAAAAACACCUCUGUUCUCAGACGCACAGCUUAUCAGUGCUACACGAGGGCACCUAGUCUCCUGGCAAAGAGUAUUCUAGAGGGCUACAAGCCACUUGUGCUGGAGGACUGGCCUAAGAGACUCCACCAACCCCCAGUCAGUGUUCGUAUGAGGAAGAGGAGAGCGUUUGCUGAUAAAGAGCUGGAGACUGUGAUGCUGGAAAGAGAGCUGAGGCAAAGAGAGAUGGAAGAGUUGCCUGCGCUCCUCCUCCAGGCUGUGGUGCCAUCUGCUCCCACUCUGUAUUUUUCCCCGCUGUCAAACCCAGUCAUGCCCACUUACAUGCCUGUGUCCAAAAGCGGCCCUCCUUUGACUGACUGUGAUCUCCCUCACCAUCAACACAUGCUUAAAUCCAAGACUUUAGAUUGCGGCACAGACAAACUGACAGACAGCGUCUCUCUAAGUGUGUGUGAGAACUGGGAUCUUUUCAAUUCGAUUCGGCCUCCACCGUGCUGCUACAGCACAAGUCCAGGUGACAACAUGGUUAAAAACAUGCGCUGCAGGUCAUUGGGACACGAGGCCUCUGUACACAUGGACUGUAUGGAGGGUGCAAAUAAAGACCCCAUCAAAAAAGCUGUAACACGGCCAUUACCUUUUUCUGUAGAGGCAUUGCUCAUGAGAUAAGAAUAUUUUUUAAAGCUAACACUUUACAAUAGGUUUCAGUUUGCUAACACAAGGUAUUACAUUACAUUAACAACCAAUGUAAUUUUUUACACUAUUAAUGUUGAUAUCUACAUACACUAAUAAAUUUUUAACAUUUCAAGUUA